AUUAUUAUCAGUCUAAUCUCUUCGAAAGAUUAAUCUGAGGUAAAUUUUCUAGAAUAUUAACAUACCUUAUUUUAUCUGGUUAAUACCCAUUUUUCUUGCAAAAAGGAACAAGGAGAGGAAAGGAAAUAAGAAGAAGAAGAAGAGAAACAUUGAAAUUGAAAAUAAUAAAAAAGCAAACAAAGAUAUAUCAUGAUGAAACUAUCUUCUUUGUUUAUUGUUUGUUUACUUGGAAUUUUGGCACCAUGCUAUUCGAAUAAUUGCCAAUCCACUAUUAAAUUUUCUAAUUGGACGCUUAUAGAUUAUGAUGGAAAAUGCUUUGGAUAUGGUCAGCUAUUUGGCGUUAAACAUUAUGGUUAUUUUGAAGCGCAGAGAUUCUGUAAGAAAUAUAAUGGAAAAUUGGCUUCAAUAUCUUCUAAAGAAAAACAAACUGAAUUUGGAAGAGAAAUUAAAUUUGCAAUCAAAUAUGAUGCCGUUUACACAGUGUUUGACGAUAGCGAAGCCUUUUUCUGGGUUGAUUUAGUGAAUAACACAGAUACUGUUAAAUGGGGAGAUGGAACAUACUUUAAGCAAAGCGUUUCCCCUGCUAAAUCAUCAUAUUCUUAUUCGUAUUUGUCAAAAUACCUAGUUGUGAAUGUGGACUAUGAAGGUCGCAUGACAUUCUACAAUGAAUAUCAUCCGUAUGAUGUACGUAAUGCCGUGUGUGAAUUUUUUAAUCCUGGAAAUAAAACGCAAGGAAACUCUACAGGAGUUGGAGAUCCUCAUAUGAGUCAUUAUAUUCGAAGCGCAGAUAAAAGUAUUUGUUAUGAUUUAACGGGAAAGGCUGAGGAUGAAUUUAUUCUACUCGACGAUAAAAAGAAUCAUAUCAUUAUUUCUGGUAUUCUCUUGGACGAUUAUUACUUUCAUUCAAUUAAAAUAAGAAUGGGAAAUAAGACUGUAAUUGCUCAUACAAAUCCGUUAAAAUCUACAAUUUCCUGGAACAGAAAUUUACAGAUUUAUAAAUCAUUAACUAUCAGGAGAAUAAAUCAAAAUGAACUUUUAAUUUCAAUUGAUAGGCAUACAUCGUUUGUUUUAACUAAAGCAAAAUCUAUUGGUGAAGCAUAUAUUAAUAUCUGGAUUCAAACUUUUGACGAAACAAACGCUGGAGGAAUAUUCGGGGAUGUUGCCAAAAAUAACUAUGAAUUUUUUGAAUCUUCUCAAAGAGGACAAAGAGGAUCUGUACAAGUUAAUGGUAGAAUUUUCCCAGCUGAAUUCCGUCACGAACCGAAAAAUUGUUGGUUUAUGUCUCCGGAAAAUGCUCUAUUUCCUAAGAAACCAGUUAAUUACAUUGAUAAUUUGCAAAAUACUCCAUUCAAUCUAUAAAUAAUUAAUUAGAUUUUUCCCUUUUCUAAAAAAGAAACAGGAACAAUUAUUAUAUUGAAAGAGAACAACAAAAACUGUAUUUUUCUUUUAAAAUACAUCAUUUAAUAGAUACAUUCGGAUUUAUUAUGCAAAUAAUACAACUUAUACAACAAGCAGUUUCUCCGUAUCUUAAUUAACUCUAUACGAUUUCAAUAAUUAUCCUACUGGAAUGUUUAUUUAUAGAUAUUUUUUUAUGAUAGUACG